AUGGGGCAGAAUUUGCAGCGGGAGCCGUCCGGGGAGAGGAGCGGUGGAAGGGAGACGGCUGAGACGGCCGGGGAGGACUCUGAGCUGGAAAGGGGCCUUCAUGCCAUCGUGGGCAGCUUCUACAGAUACGCCGAGGGCUCCGAGGGACCCAAGGAGCUGGACCAGGCGGCUUUCCAGACGUUGCUCAGCAAUGAGCUGAGCCAUCAGCUCACGAACGCAGAGGACCGGAAGGCAGCGCUGGACAUGUUUAAGACGGUGGAUGCCAACGAUGAUCAGAAAAUCUCCUUCGACGAGUACUGGGAUCUCAUCGCAGAGAUCUGCCGAGUGAUCCGGCACAGCCAUUAUAACGAGUAGUGACCAGGGAGCUGUGUCUGGUGGGGAAACCGAGGCACGUGCCUCAACGGGAAAUGCCCCCAAAUCCUUUGCCUGAUGCACUCAAAGCAAACCUGCACCUCCCCCACACUGCC